AGUGACCCCCCUCCCCCUCCCCCUCCUCCUCGGGUACUAAUCUUCCCCCUCCCCAUUCAGAGCCCGGUCAACUCCAUGCUCAAGCUCGCCGAGCUCCUCUGCCUCCGCGGCCUCGCCGUCACGUUCCUCGCCACCGACCACAACCACCGCCGCCUCCUCCGCAGCGCCACCGACAUCGAGUCGCUGCUCUGGAAGAGGUACGCCGGCCGCUUCCGCUUCGAGGUCAUCCCCGACGGGCUCCCGGGGGACCACCCUCGCUCCGCGGAGCACUUGGGGGAGGUGGUCGGGUCUCUCGAAGCGGAGGCGGAGGCGGUGGUCAGGGGGAUGAUGGGGAGGUCGGAGGUGACGUGCGCGAUCGCGGAGGGGAUGUUUGGGUACGUUUUCGAGACGGGGAGAGAGUUUGGGGUUCCGGUUUAUGCUUUUGAGACCAUCAGCCCCUGCUGCCUCUACGUUUAUCUCUCCAUUCCUAAGCUCUUUCAGGCUGGCCAACUUCCUAUCCGAGGAGAAGAUUUGGACAGAGUGAUAGCAGGCGUACCGGGCAUGGAAUGCCUUCUCAGAGCACGUGACCUGCCCCAUUUUUUCCGGGCCCAAGAUCCAUGGGCCGAAAAGAACAUCGAACUGGUCAAGGCCGAAAUGCACUAUGUACCCAAAGCCCACGGGCUCAUACUCAACACCUUUGAAGACUUAGACGGCCCAAUCCUCUCCAACAUCCGCACCCACUGUCCAAAAAUGUACACAAUCGGCCCAGUCCAACAACACCUGAAGACCAGACUCGCCGGGAGUGAAUCACCCAUCUCUCACUCUUUCUGGGAAGAAGACAAAACUUGCAUGCAAUGGCUCGACCGGCAACCGGAUAAGUCAGUCAUCUACGUCAGCUUCGGCAGCCUCGCCACCCUAACGGCGGCACAAAUCUCGGAAUUCCGGCACGGUCUCGCCGCCAGCGGGGUUUCGUUCUUGUGGGUCGUAAGACCAAACAUUGUCCAAGGUCUGGAUGAUGAUAAUAAUAAUAAUUACCCAACAAAACUCGUACAAACCCCAACGGCCGGGUGUGUAGUGAGGUGGGCCCCACAGGAGGAGGUGUUACACCACCCGGCCAUCGGGGGGUUUCUGACCCACAGCGGGUGGAACUCGAUGCUGGAGAGUAUCAUAGCGGGGAAGCCGAUGAUAUGCUGGGCCUUGGGCGUCGACCAGAUGGUGACGAGCAGGCUGGUGAGUGAAGUGUGGAAGGUUGGGUUGGACAUUAAAGACAAAUGCGACCGCGUCACGGUCGAGAAUGCGGUUCGGGAGCUGAUGACGAUGGGAAAGAGAAGAGAGGAGCUGGAGAAAUCAAUGGAGAAGCUUUCAUGGCUGGCACGGGAGAGUGUCAAUGGCGGAGGUUCAUCCCAUGCUAGCCUUGACCAACUCGUGGAUGACAUAUCAAGAUUACGUUAGAUGAUAUGUUUGAUGCAUUGUUACCAUUUGAAUUUGAUACUUGAUACUAUAAUUGUAAAACUAUGUGCAUAAAAACUUCCAAUUUGG